UUUUUUUUUUUCCAAAGUCGUCACCUUUGUUCAUUUCUUCGAUUCUUUUAUCGGUUUUCGUUAGAGAUUAUUGUUGAAUUUUGGUUCUUGGUUGUUGAACAAUCUAUUACUUUUGAUGAUUUUCACUCCAAAGUCGGUUCCUUUUUCUCCCCCCUCAAGUUAGUUAGAUCAUGCAUCAUCGUGUCCUAUCUUCAUUUCUGGUUUAAUGCUCACGCCUUCCCUCUUUUUGCAGGAACCUCGAUUCUACACGCAAGAGUCUCUCCUUUGGUUGUUUGUGUGUUUUAUAAAGGUUGAUACUUUUUAUAUAUUAAUGGGGUCUAAUGAGCCUGAUCCAGAUGCUCUUCGUUGGGGUCUCCUCGAUCUCCAAGUUUGCACGCUCACAAACGCUGGCUCUUGCGGCAGCGUGACGCGUUACGAGGCGGAACCUGUCGCUCAAGGCUACGUUAGAGAAGGCUACAACCAGCCUCUCACUGGUAAUUAUGCAGACAAUGAUGCGGUUAUAGCUCAGUUUUACCAGGACGAGUUGUCUAGAGUUGAACGAGCUGAAGAAGAGUCUCAUCUGAGGCGUAGUGAUAAUCCUAGUCGGAUCUCUGUUGCUUCACAAGAGUGGCCUCAUCACCCUCUUCAAGGGGAAGCUGUUGAUAUUAGUGACAUGGAGGAUAAGAAUGUUGCAAGGACGGCUCGUGAUGAUGAUGAUGAUGACUCGGAUUGUUCUGUGGAGAUAGAGGAAGAGUCUUGGUCUUUGGAUUCUGAGGUUGGGAAGCGAAUGAACCAAAUGAUACCUAUUGCUCAUGUGCCGAAAAUCAAUGGGGAGUUACCGUCAGAGGAUGAGCAGGUUUCUGAUCAUGAACGGCUUUUUCAGAGAUUACAGCUUUAUGGCUUAGUGGAGAACAAGAUAGAAGGAGAUGGGAACUGCCAGUUUCGAUCACUGUCAGAUCAGCUAUACCGCUCUUCAGAGCAUCAUAAUUUUGUCAGGGAACAAGUUGUCAAUCAGCUUGCGUAUAACAGAGAGAUGUAUGAAGGUUAUGUUCCAAUGGCUUACACCGACUAUCUUAAAACAAUGAAACGGUUUGAAACUCUCGUCUUUUUUUUUUUUAUAUCAUCUUUUUCCACUGAUGUGUAUUGUGUUAGCUUAUUUAUUACCAUUAAUUAUUGGCAACAUAGGAAUGGAGAAUGGGGUGAUCACGUUACGCUUCAGGCUGCUGCGGAUUGGUAUGGUGUUAGGAUGUUUGUGAUAACUUCAUUCAAGGAUACAUGUUACAUUGAGAUCUUGCCUCAUUUGCAGAAGUCUAAUCGCCUUAUAUGUCUAAGCUUCUGGGCUGAGGUUCAUUACAAUUCAAUCUAUCCUGAAGGAGAGCUGCCGGUACCAGAGGGAAAGAAGAAGAAGAAAUAUUGGGUUUUCUGAGCUCUGUUUCUUCUCUGAUGGGAAGCACAAAGUAGAUGAAGUCUGAAUAAUAUUUAACAUGUUUAUUCUUGUUACUAACUAGUUCUAGAGAACAAUAUGCUCUUGUACAUUACUUGAACAUAAUCCCGUUGAGGCAUUAACCUUAGACUUAUAGCAUUCUCAUUUGUUUUUGUU